GGUCGAAAAAAAAGUUUUAAAAUUAAGUUAAACUUUAGAUGAUUUUGUGUGGAAAAAAGGUUAAAGACAAAAAAAAAAGAAAAAAUAGUUUGGCCUAUACUUUAUUGACCAAAAUGGUACUUAAUCCAAACGAACAGAAAACAUAAAUGUUCAUCAGGUAUUCUGGUAGUUACUAACUAGGGAAUGAGGAGAAUGGGACAGCAAACGGUGCGUUUGUUUCGAAUUAUUCUCUUUCUUUUCUUUCCAAGUUUUCCAUGGAUAUGAAACGAAUGAACAUGAUCUCUCAGUGACGGUGUCUGUGUCCGUGUGUAACCCCUUUCCCUCCAGUGUCCACUCCUCGCGAAGCUACCUGCCGUUCCGGUACCAGUGUAGGGAGAUGGGUUUGUGGACACUACUAGAGGGGUUGUUGCUCCUUGCAAAUGCACUGGCAAUAAUAAAUGAGGACCGGUUUCUUGCACCAAGAGAGUGGGGCUUCUCAGAUUUCUCAGUUAGGAGGACAAAGUCCUUGAAAGGCCAGAUUAUAGGUCUCAUUCAUGCAAGUCAGUACAUGAGAGUUCCUCUCAUACUUCUCAACACCAUCUUCAUUAUUGUAAAGUUUCUGUCUGGAUGUGAUGAUGAUAAGAAAGGUGCGAUUAUGCCUGAUCCAAACAUUAUGUUGAUAUAUAUAUAUAUAUAUAUGCCCUGUACAUGUGUUUCUAAGACUCAGGAUAGUGGUUGAUCUAAACAUUUCAUCUUAUGCUCACUCUUAAGAUCAAACAUGCUUUCUGAAAAUUAUUUUUUCGUAAAGCCCCUAACUAACAGGGCAAGACUUGAUUGCUGUUACAAUUGUUCUAUAUGUUAUGUAAUACAUUCAUGAACAUUUUAAACAAAGUUUAAUUUGCAGUUUCAGUGAUUAUUUCUUUUAUGCUCUUCUUCAGUUUAGUGAUUGGUCAUCAUAAUUAACUGUAUAAUAACUCAUUGAAUGUGCCUUGAUUUAGAUGCAUGUUAUCUGAAUUUGUAUAGAUGUAUAGUUUUGGAUUAAGCAUGUAAGUCAAUGGCUAUGAUGAGCCCGAGUGGUUAGUACAAUGCAGACUUUGUCUCCCAACUUCCUUUCCCAGAUGAGUAGGUAUAUAUAGUGUGGUAAUAUUGGAAAUAGCAUGGCCUUUUAAACUAGAUCUGUUUCUUAAAUGGUUGCAGGUUCUAGAUCUUUAAUUAGAGAUUUCAGCGAAGCAUUAUAAGCAACCUAGUUUACCAAAUUCUACUUUAGAAAGGCCUAUCAAUGUAUGUCUUUGUAUUAUUUUCAUCCACACAAUUAUGUUCUUUACCAUACAUGUAUAGGAAGAAAUGUAUGGCAUUGUAUAUUCAAUUUUUUUAAGAAGUUACA